GGGACGCGAAGAUGUGAAUGUGAGCAACGCUCGAGCAUAUCUCUCUCUCUCUUUCUCCCUCUCUCUGUCUCUCUCUCUUUCUCCCUCUCUUUCUCUCUCUCUGUCUCUCUCUCCUCAGCAAACACAGCGCGGCUGUCAGUACGAGAGGGCUUUGACAGCUUUCUGAAAAUGGACGGUUAGCCCAGUUAUCUCCGUUAGGUGCGUUUUGGGGGAGAUAAUUAAAACAUUCAGCUCUUCUCGCUUCUGUUUGAGAUGUAAAACCAGCUGAACGCGUAACGUGACCGCUCAGCUAGCCUAGCUGGCUAGUGCCGUUGGCGUCAGAGUGAGCGCAGUCAGUCGGGCUGCUGGGUCUUUCAUUUCGAUAGGAACCGAGUAACGUUCAGGUUUUAGGACGGUGUAGUUUAGUUGUAGGGCCUGUUUCAUGCCCUGGUAUGGUGUCUCGUAAAGUCGUCCCGUCUUCGUGUGGUUAUAAUAACCUGGCGUUUCACCCGCUGGCCGGGAGCUGAGCGGCUGGCUAGCGGUAGUUGUGAGGCUGGAUUCAUGGCUGGGAGGGCGAUGCUGUUCUCCCGUCGCUCGCUGCUCCUGUUCUGCGCGCUUCUGGCCGCUGCGCUGGGAGACGCUGCUCACUUUGACCCCUACAAGAUCCUGGGAGUCACCAGAAGUGCGAGCCAGCCUGAAAUCAAGAAGGUGUAUAAACGGCUUGCCAAAGAAUGGCAUCCAGACAAAAACAAGAACCCAGAGGCAGAAGACAUGUUCAUUAAGAUUACCAAGUCAUAUGAGAUUUUGUCGAGUGAGGAGAAGAGAGCCAAUUACGAUCGCUAUGGGCAGACCGACGACACCCAGCCUUAUGGCCACCGAGGCUUCCGCCACUUCCAUGACAACUUCUACUUCGACGAGUCCUUCUUCAACUUUCCGUUCAACAGCAAGAGUGGCCGCGACUCAGCCGACAGCAAGUACACGCUUCACUUUAACCAGUAUGUCAACGAGGUCGUACCCGACAGCUUUAAAAGGCCUUAUCUGGUCAAGAUCACCUCCGACUGGUGCUUCAGCUGCAUCCACAUCGAGCCUGUUUGGAAAGAGGCUGUGCAGGAGCUGGAGCCGCUUGGUGUAGGAAUAGGAGUGGUUGAUGUUGGUUACGAGAGACGCUUGGCAAAUCACCUCGGUGCCCACCGCACUCCUUCCAUACUUGGUGUUAUUAAUGGAAAGGUGACUUUCUUCCAUUAUGCCGUGGUCAAAGAGCACCUCAUGCAGUUUGUGGAGGACCUGCUUCCACAGAGACUGGUCGAGAAGGUCACUGACCGGAAUGACCGUGACUUCUUGAAGAGCUGGCAUGAGGUUAACAAGCCACACGUUCUGCUUUUUGACCAAGUUCCUGUGGUUCCUCUUUUAUAUAAGCUGACUGCAUUUGCCUACAAGGACUAUGUGCAGUUUGGCUAUGUGGAUCAGGGCCUUUCUGAGACUGCAAACUUGCUGAAGCAGUACAACAUCAACACCUAUGCUCCAACCAUGCUUGUCUUCAAGGAGAACACAGACAAGCCAGCCGAUAUUAUACAGGCUAAAGGGAUGAAAAAACAAAUCAUUGAUGAAUUCAUUUCCAAUAACAAAUUCCUCCUUGCUCCUCGUCUGGUGAACCAGAAGGUCUUUGAUGAGCUUUGCCCUGUCAAACAGUUUCAUCGGCGCAGGAAAUACUGCGUUCUGCUCAUUACUGGUGAAGAAGAAGCUUUUGUCAUAGGAAACAAAGCUUUCCUGUCUCUGGCCUCCGCAAACACUAACGAAGUGCUUCGCUUUGCCUACGUGUAUCAGCGGCAGCAGCAGCCACUGUGCACGGUGCUGCUGAAGAACAGAGACAGCACUCCCCCACAGGUGGUAAUACUGGAGAGGCGUAACGGUGCCGGUAAAGUGCUGUAUAAGCCCGUGCUGGGUGGCUGGAACGGCAGUGAAGAGGACAAACACAGGCUGCUGGAAGAACUGGAACGGCUGCAAAAAGAUCCCUCCAUCCUUACCCACGAUGCCACACUGCCGGAGCUAAACAAUGAGUUUGCCUCAAUGUUUUUAAUCAGAUGGAUUUAUACAGCAUAUGACUACCUGUCAGAAAUCAUCGAUGAUCUUCUUCAUAAUAAUUGGCGUGAAAUGAUGCCUCUUCUGUCUCUGAUAUUCUCUGCACUGUUCAUCCUGUUUGGCACAGUGGUUAUUCAAGCUUUCAGUGACUCGAGUGAUGAGAAACAAUCAAAACCGAAGGCAAAGGAAGCAGCAAAGACAGAGAAUGGGUCACCAAACACCACUAACACCUCAAGCCGCCCACCGAAGAAAAACUUUGUGGAGGUGACUGAGUUAACAGACAUCACUUACACCAGCAACUUAGUGAAGCUGAGGCCAGGCCACAUUAACGUUGUCUUGGUGCUAACCGAUACAACCAAAAACAUUCUGCUCAGCAAGUUUGCCAAAGAAGUUUACUCCUUCACUGGGAGCCUGACGCUGCAUUUCUCUUUCUUGAACGUCGACAAACACAAUGAAUGGAUGGCCACCCUGCUGGAGUACGCCCAGGACGCCAUGCAGAUCGACAUGGACGAGGAAGAGGGCAGUAACCGCAAAAUAGACUACACAGGCUAUGUGCUGGCCCUCAACGGCCAUAAGAAAUACCUGUGCCUGUUCAAACCUGUCUACACGGGUGAGGACGCGGAUGGCAAGUCAGAGGACGACACAGGAAGCUCCAGGUCCAGGUCAGGCUCCAAGGACGAGCACCAGCACAGGAAAAGCACGACACGCUCACGUUCAACCACCCUCCAGAUCCACCACAAACUGGACCGACUUGGCCUGUGGAUGGAGAGGCUGAUGGAGGGGACGCUCCCUCGCUACUACAUCCCAGCCUGGCCUGGCCUGGACAAGAUCACAGUCAAUAAGUAAAACCCACCGGCAGGCCAGAUGCAGUUGUGCUAGUGUUAAUAUUAGCACUGGAGGAAGAUGGGCUCUGAGGGCCACGGAAGCGCUGAGGGAAACAAAAGACAGAGCCAAAAAUGGCUUAGCAUACUGAUGUAGUUGAUGAAGGAGGACAGUGUUUGUUCUUUGACACAAAUUUCUUGUCACUCUCACCACGGUCACUUCAGUCAUAAGACUCUGAGUGGCCCCCGAGUCUGAUUCUGUGACUUUGGAGAGGAGUACUUAAAUUGACACUAUUGCUGUAAUUGACCCAAGUGAAAUAGUAGCUUCAUUCAACCAAAAUGCUGUGCUCCAACUACUGUAUACUUCCCAAGUCUAUUCCCCUAAAUUCUAAAGGCCUGUUGAAGCUGGAUUAGUUUUGCUUGGCGAGGUAACUCUGAUUAAAAUGACGAACGGUGGGGUAUUUGACAUUUGUACACUUUGGACUGAGGCACUUUUUUCUAUUUGCUUUUAAAAGGAGAGACCAGUUUUGUCUGCUAUUUUGUAUGCCCUGCUUAACUCAAAGCAGUCAAGUAGCCUACUUUAUGUCCUUUUUUCUGUGCUGACCAAUCAGGUAAAAAAGGCAUGUCUUCAUUUGGAUUAUUUUUACUAGCAUCACAAUGCUUGCUAGUUAACCGCAGACCACUUUCUAAACAGGCAAGUGCCAGAACUUUCUGCCAAUACACAUCAAAACGACAGCUAGCACAGCAACUGCUAUGAUGCUGUUGUUGCUUUGCAACAGGAAGACAGCCAGAAGAUGCCUGAUCACACAUUUAGUUUUCUUACAGCAUUUGUUCAGUUUUCCCUCAUAGGAAAUGAUAGAGGAAUGUUGAGAAAAUUCAAAUCUGUCACAAAUGAUGUCAUAAAGGACAUCUCUCACGUAAGCAUUACACACAGACUCACAUACAUCCUAGCACAUUAGCAACCACCUGGGAUACAUAUCAUAAUGCCCUAUCAACACUUUAGCAACCACCUGGGAUUCUAUAGUAGUGGCCUAGCAACACCUAAGCGACCAACUGGGAUACCAUAAAAAUGCCCUCCUGACACUUUAGCAACCACUUGGGAUUUCAUAGCAAUGGCCUAGCAACAUUUUAGCAACCACCUAGGAUACCAUAGCAAUGGGAAAGCAACACCUUACCACUUGGCAUUUUGUAGCAGUUGCUAUGUCAAGCCAACAGCUUCUUUCACAACUUUCCCCUUCAUUUACCUGCACUUAAUAAUCUGAUCAUUAUUAGAUUUUGACAGUUAUCUGAUUAUUCAAGAGGCAUGUAAACAACAUACCCUGAUAUCUUACAACAAAGACCUACAAAUCCGAAUAAGAAAUCUGGGAAAGCUGUAUUUUAGCUCAGUAAUCGGGUUUCUCAGUGCAUGUUUACCCUCACUCUGAUUUCUCUCCUGUUUCCCAGUCUGUGCAUGUACCAAACCAGACUAUUUUGAUGCCUCACAGACCCCACGAGACGGCAACACAACACUUUUGGAGCGAUGCUGAAACUGUCUACCUGCUUGAUGGAUUUAAUGAAGGAUUUAAAUAUACUUUCCACUAAAGUGACUCAAUGAUUUUAAAAAAAGACGACAAACAUGAUGAGCUUUACGUUACGCUCAUGUCAUGUCUUAUUCUGUGAGUUUAUUGGCAGGUUGCAAAGCAGAAAUAUGAUUACUGCCUGACUCACGCAGACCCAGAGUUUCACGUUAUCUGACUACCCAAGUGCAUAUAUAUGCGUUGAUCGGAUUACCGUCAAAAUCUACGGUUAUCGGAUGAUUAAGUAGAUGUAAACGCACUCACUGUUAAGAUGGCAUUUGGGGACAUUACACAGAAACUUUAUCCUGUGUGUAAUAAUUAUAUUACAGAAGUGCCUCUGGGAAAACUAAUCCAGCUCAAACAGUUAAGUCUUUAACUUUAAAGGUGCACUAAGUAGAGUGGUCCAUUAAAAUGUGACAGAGGUUUAGAUAAAAAUGAAUAUUACAUGGUGAUGAGAAAUGAAGGCUCACUGUGCUCAAAUACCUUUUUAUAGUUAUGAAACAUUCCGUUAUUACAAGCUAGAAGGUCAGUAGUGUGGGACUUACUGGGUAAAACCAAUAAUAUUAAUUAUUACUUGGUGUACCUUUAAAGCUCAAGUCAGUCAGGCUUUGGGGUGGAGAUGAGGACUUCAAUUCAACUAAUGCAUUUCAACUUAAGUGGAUCCCUUGGCUGUGCACCCAACGGUCAAGCCCUGCUGUUGGAACAGCAAACCUGUAAAAUGUAGCAUGAACUCGAACACUGUAAGAGAGGAUGGAUCUCCUUCUGCAACAUACAGACACUUAAGCCCAGUCCCAUUUCUUCUUUUUACCCCUACCCCUUGUUUUCUAGAGUCACCCUAACCCUUUGAUACUGAGUUACAAGGGGUAGUGGUUGAAAUCUUGCCCUACGAAAUGGAAAAACCCUCAAAUUAAAAAAAAAAAAAAAA